GAAUCCAUGAACAAUUGCAUUCGAAACGCCACUCCUCUCUCCUCUCUGCUGUAUGCAACUACGCAGCGAAGUUCAGAGCUUGCAGUUCUUUUUUACUUCAAAGGCGCCAAAGAUGCAGAACCCUGGCAACCCCAGCGAUUCCCCUCGGAACCUUUCUCUCUCUAUAACUCUUCGCUUGUGGUCGGCUUUUGGCCGUCUUGAGUUUUGCGCUUCGUCCUAUUUCUCUGUCUCUCCAGCGUCUCCAUUUCGCCUUCCGCUGGAGAAGAUUGCUCUGAUCGUCCUCAUCAUCGCUGCCGGGGGGAGAUCGGUUAAUGAGCCACGAAUUAUUUUUGUAGUCGCCGCCUUGGCAGAAGGAAAUGAGAGAAAGGGCGGCUGGAUCCUCGUCGAUCCGUUUCUGAGGAUGUUUUGUUUGAUUCGGUGGGGUCUCAGUGGAAUCUUUCUGAGCAGGGAAGCUUUUUGAGAAUGUUUGUUUAGGAUUGGGUCAGCGACAGUGAUGAGAAGAACAGCGACAAUUUCAGCUGGGAGACUGAUGAGGAUGACAAGGAAAGCCCUGCAGAUCCUCCUGGGGAGGCUUCUGAGGCAGGUCCUUCUCAGCCUAGCUUAUAUUCCCAUUUCAUUGGAAUGGGUUUUAGCGGAGACAUGGUUGAAAAGGCCAUAAAGGAAAAUGGAGAAGGAAACGUGGAAACUAUUCUUGAAACUCUACUCACUUAUUCGGCUAUUGGAAAUUCUCCUUCGGACUGUGAGGAUGCCCCUGCUGAGUGCCCAGUUACUAGUGACGAAUAUUCCUUUGACAGUGAUAUAGAUACUGAUGACCCUAAUGAUCAGGACUUCAUAGAGGGUCCGCAGGAGAAAGAUAAGAAAUUAUUGAUAUUGGUUGAUAUGGGUUUCUCUCCGGAAGAAGCAGAUGCAGCCAUAGAAAGAUGUGGACUCGAUUCUUCAGUUUUGGAGCUUGCAGAUUCCAUUCAUGCUGCUCAAAUGGCCGAGGAACCUGAGGGAAUAGGUUGGGAUUGUCCAAAGACUCGUUUUGAGGCUGCAGAAGGAUCUAGUUACGGCUCCACAAGAAAGAAGAGGAGUUUAAUUGAAGUAAAGCGUAAGUUGAAAAGGAGUUGCCUCUCGCAAAGGAGAAGGGAUUACGUGAGGAAGUCCACUGUGGAUUUUGAUGAUGCCCCAUUGGCUAUUCCAAAGCCAAUGAUAGGUUUUGGCAUUCCAUUUGAGAAGUGCAUUACACGAAGAAGUCUCCCAGAAGCAGCCAUUGGCCCUCCAUAUUUUUAUUAUGAGAAUGUUGCUCUUGCACCUAAGGGAGUUUGGGACACCAUCUCACGCUUUCUUUAUGACAUAGAGCCCGAGUUUGUUGACUCAAAAUACUUUUGUGCGGCUGCCCGGAAGAGGGCCUACAUCCAUAACCUCCCAAUUGAGAAUAGAUUUCCGCUACUCCCUAUUCCUGCAAAAACUAUCCAAGAGGCCUUACCCAUGACAAGGCAAUGGUGGCCUCAAUGGGACAAGAGAACUCAGCUCAAUUGUUUGCAGACUUGCAUCGCUAGUGCUAAAUUGACUGAAAGGAUCAGAAAGGCUUUAGAAAAUUAUGGUGAUCUUCCUCCACCUAGAGUGCAAGAGUAUGUGCUUGCUGAAUGUAGGAAGUGGAACCUUGUUUGGGUAGGGCAUCACAAGGUUGCACCACUGGAACCAGAUGAAGUUGAAAUGUUACUUGGAUUUCCAAACAAUCAUACUAGAGGUGGUGGCAUUAGCAGGACCGAGAGGUACAAAUCAUUGGGAAAUUCAUUCCAAGUUAAUACAGUUGCUUACCACCUUUCUGUCCUGAAGAGUAUGUUUCCUAACGGCAUCAACUUGCUUUCUCUCUUCUCUGGCAUUGGUGGAGCUGAAGUGGCUCUUCACAAACUUGGCAUCCACCUGAAGACAGUUGUAUCGGUUGAGAAAUCAGAGGUAAAUAGAAAUAUAUUAAGGAGUUUUUGGGAGCAAACUAACCAGAAAGGAAAUUUGAUUGACCUGGAUGAUGUACAGCUCCUCAAUGGCGAUAGGCUUGAAAGUUUGAUGAAGAGAUAUGGAGGGUUUGAUCUUGUUAUUGGCGGAAGCCCCUGCAACAACUUGGCAGGUAGCAACCGUCACACUCGCGAUGGUCUGGAAGGUGAACAUUCUUCUCUCUUUUUUGACUAUUUUCGUAUUCUUGACCUUGUUAAAUCUAUAAUGGUGAAGAACUUGUGAGGGGGGACGGGGGGGACAUAUUAGCAUUGUAAUGCUUUGUUCAUUGAACUACCAUUCCAGUAGGUGACUCUCCAUUAAUUCUUUUGCAUUAUCUGAUGCCUAUGGUAGAUUAACUGUGACCAUGACAUUAAUGGUGGUGAGCUUUUUAUCUGAUUAACUUUAUAAUAAUGAUUUUUUCAUUCGGAUGUUUGUCAAAUAUAUAACAUUUGAUUGAAUAAAGUUAGAAAUUGCAGUC